CUUUAUAUUAUACACAACAAAAAAAAAUGAAGAUCACAUUGCUAGCGUUGGUCCUUGUCAUUGCCUUCAGCACAAACUCACUUCUCGGAGCAGCUUCUCCUGCCCCGGAGCAAGUGGUUGACACCACCGGCAAAAAGGUCCGAUCCGGUGUCAAUUACUAUAUUGUCCCUGCUUCUAACCCUUACGCCGGCGUUGCCGUCACCGUUUCGAAAAUCAACCAAACUUGUCCAUUAAAUGUUGUAGCUGGGGACUAUUCCAAUGGUCCCUUACCCUUGCAUUUUUUACCGGUUAACGAGAAAAAAGACGUUAUUCGUGUGAACACUGAUCUCAACAUUCACUUCACAGAAAUGGGUGAUGAAUGUCCGGAAUCACCGGUGUGGAUGCUUAAGGACUAUGACCCUUCUUCGGAUGCAGAAACGUUCGUGACCCUUGGAGGUGAAUUGGGAAACCCUGGAAAAGAGACACUUAUGGAUUGGUUCAAGAUUGAGAAGCACGAGGAUGCAUAUAAAUUGUUCUAUUGUCCGAAUGUGUACUAUGAAAGUUAUGGAUGCAGUGAUAUAGGGAUAUCUGAGGAUGCAUUUGGAAAUAAACGUCUAGCUCUCACUAAUGUUCCAUACAAAGUUCGCUUCCAACCUGCUUAAUUGAAGAAGCUAUCUUCAUGUAUUUAUAAUAAAUGUUAUUAUUAUGUGAUGCAUGUUUUUGAAUAAGUGUGAAUGU